AUGGACCUUUUGUGCCAAAUAAAAACAAAAAAAAUCCGAAAAGACCCCACACUCCCCGCGGGCUUUCUUUUUAUUCCCCGGCUUUUUCUUCUCCGCCAAACUUUUUCUUUGGGGCUUCCCAGACUUGCAUGCGACCUUCUCGAGGACUCCAUAGCCCUCGCCCAGCGCAGCUACGAGCGGGGCCUGGCGUACUUCAACGAGUUGCUGGAGACGAGGCCUUCUGAGGGUUUUAAUAGAGUUUUGAGUUUGCAAAAAAGCGCAAGUAAAGAAGUUAAUUAUAAACGACUUUGCUUCGGACUUCACAGAAGCCCUACUGCUGCCAUUCUCGAAAGCCCCAAACCCUGCGGGCUGCAGGACUUGCUGCUGCUGCCUCCCGGGGCCCCACACCCGCAGCAGCAGCAAGCAGCGGCGGCGCCUGCUGCUGCUGCUGCUGCGGAGCCGGAGGGCGCAGCAGCAGCAGCGGCGGCGCCUGCUGCUGCGCAGCAGCAGCAGCCAGGCGACGGGGAAGCAGCAGCUGCUGCAGCGGCUCACGACGCUGCUGCUGCCGCGACUGCUGCAGAGCCAAGCGACCCCGCAGCGGCAGCAGCAGUAGACGCCGCAGAAGCAGCAGCAGCAGCAGCAGCAGUAGCAGCUAGCUUCGUGGAGACCCCACACGAAGCCGCAGCCCCUGUCCCCACUUUUAGCGAAGAAUUUCAGUAUUACUUUUAUUUAAUUGCAGCAACACCCAACAAUCCUGAGGCCUUGGUACCGCUGCUCACUGUCCUUGCUGCUGACGGAAGUGAUUUGCUGCUCAACAAGGACCCACGCACCUUCGAUGCCAUUGUAGCCGCCACCCGCGCCAGCAGCGCCGCAUGCAAGAAGAUAUGGCCGAAGACGAUGCAGCGGGAGCUGCAGCAGCAGGGCCAAGGAGACACUUUGGGCUAUUCGCAGCAAUGUGCUGCAGCAGCAAGCAGCAAGACCUGGCAGCAGCUGAACUGCAGCAAACUUGUGCUGCCCUUUUACUGCGACUUCUUUGAACCCAUUUGGCAAGAAAUUAACAGCAGGGUGAAUAUGGAGCGGGUGCUGGGGUGGCUGGCGCGGCACGAGCCUUGUGUGGGGCGGCAGUGCAGGGACUGGCGGCAGCAGCACCCGUUUGCUGCUGCUGCUGCUGCUGCUGCUGCUUACAAGUUGCUGCGCCUCUCCAGCCCCUGGAUGCGGCCGCUGCUGGUCUUCCAUGAGUGGUUUGGUCUUUUCAAUUUCAAGACCAAGUCCAAAGAGACCUUCUACAAGGGCAACUGCAUGCAGCAGCAGCAGCAGCAGCAGCAGCAGCAGCCGCAGCUUUUGUAUGUGUGCAUGCGGGGCUCAGAUGCACUUUACGGACUUAAUGGCUUUCAGGCGGAGUUUAUUGUUCGGGGAAAACACGAAAAAAGAGGAAUUAUGAAAAAGCUUUUUGGAUUUUUGAAAAAGAAAGAAAAACUCACCAAGAUGCACCUGUCUGCGCGGGCGCUGGGGGCGCUGCAGUCCGCGUUUAGACCAGUGGUCCACCCAGUGGUCUUCCAGCAGCUGAACCACUUCAGCAGCUUCUUCAGCGAGGCCUCGGGGGCCCUUCAACACGAGGGCGGACUCAGCCGCAAACUCGACAAAGCCAUUCAGGCCUGGACCUACACUGGCGUCCCUGAGAAGGCCCAGGAGAAGCUGCAGCAGGGGAUGCGUGCUGCAGCAGCAGACUGGCGGGGCUUCCAGCUUGCUGCUGCAGCACCUUCGACGAAGUCUUUGAAUUUAGAAUUUAAAAAGGAGACACUUGCUGCAGUGUCUCUCUUGAGUCAGCAGCCACAAGUGUCGGAGCAGCUGUUUGCUUCCUGCAGCUGCAGCAGCUGCGCUGCAGCAGCAACGCAUUUGCUGCGGGACUCGUGGCAGCUGCUGCAGCAAACGGGAGACGAUUUGCUGCUGCUGGGGAUCGUCUCCGAUCCCGGGGAGACGCUUGUGGGGCCGGGGCGGGGCUUUGCUGCGCGGGCGCGGCGAGCAGCAGCAGCAGCAGCAGCAGCAGCAAGCAAGCUGCUGCGGAAGCCGCGCUAUUUGCUGCAGCACGGCACUUUUGCUGCUUUUGUCCCCAACUACUCCCAAGUUGCUUUUGUCCUCAGAGAACUCUUAAAUGUUUUCAACAACAACCCCACCAUUUUCCCAAACUCCGACAUUUUCCAUCAAACUUGUUUAAAAAUGUUUCAACACCUUCAGCAGCAGUUCCGCACCCCCUGGGGAAUCCCUCCGAGUGUGGCGGCGGGCGAGUGGGCGCUGAGUGGAGUGGAUCCAUAUUACGGAAGUUUGGAAAGUUCGGAAAGAUCAAAAGAGUUUCGAAGAUCCAUUUUAAGUAUUUUUUUUGCAAAGUUGUGGACUUUGAGUUUGCGGGUGGGGCUGGAGGCGGGGCUGCAUGCAGGGGAGUUGGAGCGAAAAGAAAGGCAAUUCGGAAGCCCCGAGUGGCAAAAAGGACUCAUGGAUCCCCUCCAAAUAAACUCCUUUCGAAUGGUUGUGGCGGGGGGAGACUUGGGAAGAACUUUGCUCGAAAAUGUUCUGGACAAAACGCAAAAAAAAGCGCUGAAAUCGGUGCGGUUUGGCGCGGGGUGUAUGUACACCUACACCGCGCACUUCGCCGGCCAGGUGUACGUACACCUCGGCUUCCGCAACUACGGAAACUUCCUCCUUUCCCAAGCUCCUUUCUUGGGACAAAUGAUUCUCUCUUGGAUUGAAAAAAGAAGAAGUGACAGAAUUGCAGAAAUCUUCGGCUGGAUUGGACUUGCUCUUUUCCUCGCCACCACCGUCGCCGCAGUGGUUGCGCAGCUGAACUCGGUGGCGCAGUCUCCGCUGGACUCGCUGCUGGGGAGCAGCAGCAGCAGCAGCAGCAGCAGCAGCAGCAGCGUGGCGAACCAGUCGGGGUUUGUGAGCAGCAGCAGCAGCAGCUGCGGGCCCAUGGGGGUUUGCCUGGACGGCUCUGUGGGGUUGGGCUCGGGUGUACAUACACCCCAAGACCCCGGGAACCUCGUCCACUCUCCCCCCUUUUCUGCUUCUCCCGUUUUAACUGCCAUUUUUAUUAUUUUCAAAGCUGUUGCAAUGGCCAGUCUUUCUUCUUUCGUGGGCCCCGCCGUCUCCAUCUACAUCAUCCUCAGCUCCCACUGGAAGUUCCUCGAAAGACUCGAAAUGGUGCCCGCAGGUUUAGGGUUUAGGGUUUAG